AUGUCUUCACUACUUUACUCUCCGGCAAUUGAAGUCGUCGCGGGUGUUGGCCGAACAAUCCUCUCUCCUCUGCUCUCGGGCGCUUGCCUCGUAUCUCUCACGUACGCCCCCGAUGCCGUGCGCGAUGCCGUUGCUGCCAUCGUCGACAAGCUCCCAAGCCAGCUUGCGACGUCGUUGAACCUCUCUGUCGCCCAUACCACUCUCCAAGUCCUCUUUGGAUUAGGUGUUAUCCGUUAUAUCAACAAGGCGUUGAACACCAUGGCCUCCAAUUCAUGGCGCCUCAGGGCAGGCAAAAACUGGCACUGGCCAGAUGAGAUUGCCGUCGUUACCGGCGGCUCCAGUGGAAUCGGCAAGAGCAUCGUCGAGAAGCUUGUAGCCCUUGGUGUCCGCGUCGCCGUCUUUGAUGUCCAAGACCUGCCCAAGGACCUGCAAGCGGUUGCCCUGGUUCACUUCUACCGUUGCGAUAUAACCUCCACCGAGUCUGUCGGAGAAGCUGCCGAAGCUGUUCGCCGAGAACUUGGACAUCCUACAAUCCUCAUCAACAAUGCCGGCAUCGCCAAGACAACUCCAAUCAUCAAGACGUCCGAGGCGUUUCUACGCAAGAUCUUCGAGGUCAACUGCUUGUCUUUGUGGUUUACGACACAGCAGUUUCUCCCUCGGAUGAUCCAAUUGAACAAGGGCCAUGUAGUGACUGUGGCCAGCAUCGCGUCUUUUGUCGCCUUGGCCACAGCCGCAGACUACUCAGCAACAAAAGCCGGCGCUCUGGCAUUCCACGAGUCAUUGACCUCUGAGAUCAAGCACUUUUACAAGGCCCCGAACGUGUUGACAACUGUGGUUCAUCCCAACUUUGUCAGAACCCCUCUUGUUGAAGAUUUCAUGGAUCGCCUCGAAGGCUCUGGCGUUCGUCUGCUCACAAGCGACCAAAUCGCCAGCGAAGUCGUCGGUCAAAUACAAAGCAAAAGAGGCGGGCAAUUGAUAAUCCCUCGGUCUGCGGCAGGUAUCUCUGCGAUUAGAGGGUGGCCCACUUGGUUACAAGAGGUUAUACGCGAUGCUGUUGGGAAAGGAACUGGACCAGUGCGGAAGUAG